AAAAUUAAAAAAAAUUAAUUCCUUUUCCGUAGCUCCUAAAUCCGCUCCUAUAAACCCUACCAAAAUUCGACCGUUGCAGAGAGUGGUUUCCUCUCUCUCUCUCUCUCUCUCUCUCUCUCUCUCUCUCUCAGGCUAUACACAAAGAUUAUAGAGAAGAAGACGAUCUUUGAAAAGCCCUAAAAAUGGAAUCCACACUGACAAGGAAAACGGGGCUGAAUCUCCCAGCUGGAAUGUCGGAGACUUCUCUUCGGCUCGAGACCUUCAACUCGGCGUCGCUCCGGGGGAUCUCGAGCCUCUCGUCGCCGUCGUCGAAGUCGUCGACGUGCAGCGAUCGGUUCAUUCCGUGCCGGUCGUCGUCGAGGCUCCACACAUUCGGGCUGAUUGACAAGGCCUCGCCCGCCAAGGAAGGCGGCAACGAGGCCUACUCGAGGAUUUUGAAAUCCGAGCUUUUCGGGGCUGAUUUCGGUUGUUUUUCUUCCCCUGCAGGUGGUGCUGGGAACCAGGCGGCGUCGCCGAUGAGUAGUCCGAGCAAGAACAUGCUGCGGUUCAAGACCGAUCACUCCGGCCCGAGCUCGCCCUACUCACAGUCAAUUUUGGGGCACGACAGCGGGUUCUCCAACGAGUGUUCGACGCCUCCGAAGCCGCCUCGUAAAGUCCCCAAGACGCCCCAUAAGGUUCUUGAUGCUCCAUCACUGCAAGAUGACUUUUACUUGAACCUUGUGGAUUGGUCUUCCCAAAAUAUUCUUGCUGUUGGAUUGGGCACGUGUGUUUAUCUAUGGAGUGCUACAAACAGCAAGGUGACAAAGUUGUGUGACUUGGGACCUAACGACGGAAUUUGUUCGGUGCAGUGGACCCGGGAGGGUUCGUACAUAGCAAUUGGUACAAAUCUCGGCCAAGUUCAGGUUUGGGAUGGUACUCAGUGCAAAAAGGUCCGAACGAUGGGCGGUCAUCAAACAAGGACAGGGGUUUUGGCAUGGAACUCUCGCACUUUAGCUUCAGGAAGCAGGGAUAGGAACAUUCUUCAACAUGAUCUUCGGGUCUCCAAUGAUUUCAUUAGCAAACUUCUUGGCCACAAGUCAGAGGUAUGUGGGCUGAAGUGGUCUCCUGAUGAUAGGGAACUCGCUUCCGGUGGCAAUGAUAAUCAGCUAUUGGUUUGGAACCAGCACUCUCAGCAACCAGUGCUAAAACUUACAGAACAUACAGCAGCUGUUAAGGCCAUUACGUGGUCACCCCACCAGAGCAGCCUACUUGCAUCUGGAGGUGGAACAGCCGACAGAUGUAUUCGCUUCUGGAACACUACAAACGGCCACCAAUUAAACUGUGUUGACACAGGAAGUCAGGUAUGCAACCUUGCCUGGAGUAAGAACGUUAAUGAGCUAGUCAGCACUCAUGGGUAUUCCCAGAAUCAAAUCAUGGUGUGGAAGUAUCCAUCAAUGGCAAAGGUAGCCACUCUAACUGGACAUAAUAUGCGAGUGCUCUACCUUGCAACGUCACCAGAUGGUCAAACAAUAGUUACAGGAGCUGGCGAUGAGACUCUUCGGUUCUGGAAUGUGUUUCCAUCCGUGAAAACACCGGCACCUGUCAAAGAUGUUGGUCUCUGGUCAUUAGGAAGAACCCAGAUUCGUUGAUGUUCCUUCACAGCUACUGCUGCACAU